AUGGCGGACAGGCGACGUCGUGGAGUUAGAAUUGGAACUGAAUCUCCAGCAUCACAUUCAUAUAUUGCUUCCAACAUUACAACAGAAAAUUCCACAACGAAUCCUCCAGUUCAACGUCCACGACAACCUGUUAAUGCCGGGCGCAUGCCUCGUCCUUUUAAUAAUCAGUACAUUCUUACUACUUUUGUUGAUGGUCGCCUUGGCUACGCAUUACCCUUCAAUAACGGAUGCGUACGCGCACCUCAAGGACGUGUAUUGCCAGCAUGGGCAAACCCAGGUAGGACAGAACAAUAUCCUGUCAAUUUGGUUUCUGCUGAAACAACAACUGAACAGUCUACCAAUUCUGUCGUUAUUAUUGAAGAACCACGCACUUAUCAAGCACAAAUUCGUCCUAGAGGUCUGUCUGUCCCACAGUUGAGCUCACGAAAUAUGCAGAAUGAAAGAUGCCAGAAGCAUCUUCUACUUUUUCUUUUCCUCUUCGUUUUUCUCUCAGUCGUUCCGUUUCUCUUUAGUUUUCCCGUCUGUUUUUUGAUUUCGGUUCCAAUCGGAUCUUCUCGAAGGUGUUUGGCGUUUUUUCCCCUGUUUUGCACAAACGCAUCGCUCCCGUUCAGGAAACAUUGUUCUUCAAGUUUUAGGGUUUUAUUCUUCCUAGCUUUUUCUGGGUCAGUGUGCUGGUCAAAAUACCAAACUUUCCAGAAAUUACAUUUGAAGCCUGCGAAGACCUUUGUGUUUAAGCUGAAGUGGCUAAAGCUAAGAAAGAACAAUUGUGGGUUAAAAUCUUCAUAUUUGAAAGUUGGAUAUCAGCCUUUGAAAGGCUUUGUGAACGUGUUCUCGCGUGUGCAGCAGACCUUCAUAGCAAUUUGGGGAAAUUUUGGCUUUGUCAUCACAUCACUCUUGAUACUCUGUGUGGCCAUCAAAGGGUUUACAAACAACCACACGAUUAUUGAAAACGGCCUUUUGUCUAAGGAAAAUGAAGGAAGAUAUAUAUAUCAGCAGCAAGGGUGUGGAAGCUCACACGCUCAGAUUUCAACGCGUUUCGAAGGUGGAAAUGACAAGAAUGUGCAGUGUGGACCUCCAAUUUCUAGUGCUAUGAUGCAUGAGGACUGCCAAAGUGAGAAUACUGGUUAGUUGUCAUCAAGCAGCCCUUGUAGAUGUGUAUUUUGUUUAUAUAUUGCUAGUUUAACCAUUAGUACGUUUGACUUGGGGAUACAAGCUUGGAUAUGUUAUAUUUUGUUGUAUAUAGAGAAUCCCGGGUAUGUCCAGCAUAGGAUAACAUGUAUUUUUUGGUUUAACAUUUGGAUGGGUUGUAUUGUUAGGUUGCAUGAAUCGGUCUUAGCCGAGAACAUGGGUUAUGUAAUAUAUUAACUUCACUAUUUUAGUGCUAAUGUUGAUUUAUGUUUAGUUUGUAA